UUGUGAGGGGAGGGGAGUAAAGGACACUUCUGACAAUAUUCUCUGUACGAGGUCCUGACACUGGAACACUGCUUCCUACUGUUUCUCUGGGGCUUUGAGCUUUAACAUCUCCGUCCCGUUCGAUUCAUUUUCCCUCCCUAAUCACCAGGGACGCCUUUCACCAACUUUUUAUCGUAGGAAGGAAAAUCGCGACCAUUUGUUGCCAACACCAACGCACGGGAUCUUCGCUGCAAACUAGUCCUGGUCCAUCGACGAGCUAAUGGGAUCUCGAAAGCUGGAUCUUUGAAGGUUAUGGGUUCCCCCCUCUUCUGCUUUCUCGUUUCAUGGAGAUUUCUACUGAGUGCUGAAGCCGUGGAUGAUUCUGAGGCUUCGUAACGCAAAUGCUGAAUCUUGGGCACGCCAAAAAUGCUGAUUUCUUUGACCUCCUGAAGACGUAAGGCUCGGUACUGGUAAGAACUGCAUUCAGCUAAUGCUCAAGGAUUCGAUCUGAUUCAACAUAAAAGAAGAGUCGGGAUGGAUUUUUUCAAAGUCAAGAAGUUCAGGAAGGCACGCAAGCCUACCUUGGAUCAGGACAAUGAGGGGAAGUCCAUUCCGCCACAUGAGGAACCAGACAGUGAAAAUGGCGUUGAUGAUUUUAGCAAGUCGGUCUCCACAGAUAAUGCUGCUGAUGCGGAGGAUGAAGACGAUGAUGACUUUAUAACAAAUGAAGUGAAGAGACGGUUGAAAGAACUUAGGCGGAACAGUUUCCUGGUUUUGAUUCCUGAGGAGGACUCAUGCCCUGAAGAUGACGAGGAAGAGGGAGAAGAGGGUGAGACAAGCUCUAGUGAGUGGAGAGAUGUCGAAGCUGAAGGUCGACAAUGGUGGGGUGGAUUUGAUGCUUUCUAUGAAAAGUACUGUGAAAGGAUGCUGAUCUUUGAUCGAUUGAGUGCACAGCAACUCGGUGAAGCUGUUCCGCAGGUUCCCUUGACACCAUCACCCAGAACUGCAUCUAAGAAACUUACUUCUCCCCUUCGCUGCCUUUCUUUGAAGAAGAUUGAAGAGCCUGAUGAAGAAAUGGAGAAGCUGCAACAGUCGGAAGGUAAUCCUUAUGAUGAUCUUGAGACAGCUUAUCUAGCUCAAACUUGCUUAACAUGGGAGGCACUUCAUUGCCAAUACACUCAGCUGUGCCAAAAGAUCUCUGGCCAGCCUGAAAAUAUGACAUGUUACAGCCGUAGUGCUCAACAGUUUCAACAAUUUCACGUUCUACUCCAAAGGUUUAUCGAAAAUGAACCUUUCGAACCGGGGCUUCGACCAGAAAUUUAUGCACGUGCAAGAAAAAGCUUGCCUAAACUUCUUCAGGUUCCAAAUAUCCAAGGAUCGGAGCAGAAAGCGGCAGAAGAAGCUGGCUCAGAUAUAUUGGUUCUUGCACCAGAUCUCCUCAGAAUUAUGGAGAAUACCAUCCUUACUUUUCAUCUUUUCCUGAAAACAGACAAUAGGAAGUCCACUGGAGUUCUAAAUUUGUUUGCAAAUCAGAACCAUUGUGCUAGCCCUCAACAGCAGGUUCAGUCAUCUCUUGAGAAGAAAGCUGUGAAAUUGAAGGAACUGCGCAGGAAGAAGAAAGGGUGGAAGAAGAAAUCAUGGCCUCAAACAGAUGAUGACGUUCAGCUGCUAUUUGCCCUCAUAGAUGCGAAAUUAUGUUCCAUGGUUCUUAGGAGGGAGAGGAUCGUCAAGGGACACUUUUUCUGGUGCGAGGAAAAGAUGAAGAAACUGGAUUUGUCUGAUGGGAAGUUGCAUAGGGACCCCUCUCCUAUCCUUUUUCCUUGUUGAAUGUCAUUGGAGAGAUUGUUUAGGUGAUUUAGAUUUGGUGUAGAGACAAAAAUACUUGAAAAGACUUGCUUCUGUUUCAAUGGACAAUACAGCAGCGUCUGAACAGUCAUUAGUGGAUCAUAGAUUUAUUUUUGUAGAGUAUGGUCGGUCAAUGCUAGUGCUCUGGUGGCUGUUAAUUGAAAUUUUGAAGGAGUUCUGGGUAUGCAUUGGAAUGGGAAAAUGAGGGAGAGGCACGUUGUCCAGUCCUGUGUAGUGAUGAGGAACUUGUUCAAUUAAAAGCAUGUAGAUUUUGCCAUGCCUUUCCAAA